AGAAGAAGAAGAGUACGUAGGUAAACAAACAACCGCCAGCCGCUCGGUGUUGUCAAAGUGCUUCUGAAUACGUGAUUUCCUCUUGUUUUACGAUAAAUCCGCUAACUCUUCAAGCACGCAGGAAAAUACAGAACUAGACACAGCAGGAAACGGGUCCAGGAAGCCUAAAAGUUAACAGAGAACUCAUAAAGGAGGUGAAAAAGGUGUGCCUGCUGCUGGGUUGGGGCGAGACAGACAGGAGGGUCCAGGCGCAGGGUGAAGUAAUAAGUGUACGCUGUGAAGUAACUAGGUGUGCGUGGUGAAGUAACCAAGUGUGCGUAGGGAAGUAUCUUAGUGUAAAGAAGUACCAAGGAGGACCUAAGAAGUGAUACACAGCGGCACAGCUCAAAAGAAGACACCCAAGACGAGUGUGGUACCAUAAGUCCGUGUGAGUGGCUCCUCCUGCCAUGGGCCUCGAACCUGUCACCAGCAGCAAGGCUGGGACAAUUCGCUCCCUUCUCAUUCGGGCCUGGAAGGAGCGCUGGUCCGACCUUCAAUGGGGAAUACACAUCAAGACGGUGUUGCCCCGGGCAGUGAGCGGCGACAUCUACCACCUGGCUGAUUACAUCCUCCAGCAGGCACUCAUGGGUCCCCUGCCCAACACCCUCAUCCUCUCCUACCUCAGACACUCACUGAGCUCACAGAUUGUUUCAUACGGAGGUGUGAUUGAAAGUAUCAGCAAAUAUGAUGGGCUGCACAAACCCCACUGUGUCCAUGCACUGCUCACCCUCCUACAGUCCAUGAUGAAAAGUGUGUCCUGCCGGGGGAAGCCAGAAGACUGCCUGAUGCUGGCCACCUCAAUUGUUAAUGGAGUGAAGUGGCUGGUGCAGGUGAUGGGGUGGACGACACAGCAGCUGCUGGACCUGCGCACAGCCCCUGAACACUCUACCAACCUCAGCUUGGCUGCCUCCAUCCUCCUUGACAUUCUCAACUCCUAUUUCCUCACCUGCAUGCUGGAGAUUGGUCGUCAGGAAGAACCAAGUACAUGGGGAGGUUGUGUGAAGAAGAUGGUGGAGGUGGAGACCCUGUUGGCUGGCUCUGGAGGUGUCAUUGAGAACAAGGAUCUUCUCAUCAAGAGUGUCUGUCAGCUGCGUGACCACCAGCCUCUAGACAGCAUUGGCAACAAACACAAAUUCAACAGCAGCGUAACGCCGAUGUGCCAUGCCAUGCACAGCCUCGUCAUGCUUGAGGUCAUCACUCACACCACACGUGAGGCCUCUACCUUUGCCCACCAGUUGCUUCUGCUGCAACAACUCCAGGGCCUCAGCACCAUGGAGCUGUAUCUGGAGCUCCUGCGAAGUAGUUUUCUGGGUUUGAGUUGCCCGGAGUAUCAGCCGUACCAAGAACUGAAGUGGGUCGGCUUCACUUUCAUCAAAGUCCCCACCAUCCUGUACACCAUUCAUGUUGCUCUUAGUGGGGAAUCAGGAAGUGGCGAGUCAGAAGACUUACUCAGUGCUGUGGAACGUAUCUCACAGCUGACCAUUCUUCUGGACCAAGUGGACCUUCGCAUCAACUGCAACUGUCUGGAAUAUCUCUUGAAUGAGCUGGUGAACAAGACAAGCCUUAUAUCUGAGAGGGAUGCUCAGACAAUACUUGCAGCACGGGUUCAGGAAUCUCAGGUGCUGGCCAACAUUCAGAACAAUGAUGCCCAAGGCUCUCACCCGGGCAACCCCAACUUGAUCCUGCGUGCCCAGCCCACCGUCACCAGCAUUCUGAAGACACUCAGCAACAAGAACCAGGACUCAGUGUUGCCAGUGAUGAACCUUCUCAUCAGUGGCAAGAGUCGGGACUUGCUGUUAGCCGCUGCAGCAGCUUCAGGCAGCCUCCAUAUAUUUGCACAGAAAUUUGUAAAGUUUAAUGAGCUCAGUAUGGACCCACAGCCAGGUGAGACGGCAAAGAUGGCAAUGAAUCGGGCUCUCAUGUUUGACAUUUCCUUUCUGCUUCUGUGCCACAUUGUGCAGCUGUAUGGCAUUGAUGUGGUGGUGUCAGAGAAGUGCGAGACCUUUGUGGAGCAGUGGAUGAAGGACAACAUGCCUGAGCUGGGCCGGGUGAAGGCUCCCCUCAUGGCCACCCGCACCGACCCAAGUGCUGUGGAGGAGUUCAUCAGGGAGAUCAACGUGAAGGAGCUGGAGAUGAAGUACAAUUUGCUGCGGUGGAGUGAUGUGUGCCAGAUGGCGGCCGUGGCCCUGAGGGAAGUGAUCACAGCAGCCCAGCAGGGAGCCUUUCCCAUGCAGCAUGUUAAGGACCAGCUGGACUGCCUUUGCUACCACCUAUGCUGCCUCCCCAUCUGUGUGGCCACCUGGCUCUCUUCCCAUGUGCAGGUGGUGGAUGCAGAGCAAGCAGUAGAACCACUCAACUUCCUGCACUACCUCCAGACCUCCCUAGGUGACCAUGACCAGUCUGUCCCGGUGCUGGAUAACUUCAAGGACAGGUCCACCUUGAUGGUGCAGAUCGUGGAGAACAUGGUGCAGGUGAUGAAGGGAGGCAUCCAGCCCACCUCUGCCCACACCAACACAACCAGAAGCAACAGUGUGGAUGGAGGGAACCCAGCCUCAGAGACACUCAUGUCCUCCGAGGAGCCUCUGUCCCACCUGCUGCGCUCCACCUGGGAUCAAGUGUUCCCCGGGGGUGUGAUCUCCCACCAGGCGCUGGCCACCUUCAGGGACCUCAUGAGGCUUGGAGGCACCCGGUGGUUUGUGUGUGACAUUAUCAAGGCUGGCAUGCAGAGCGUCUUUGAAUCAGACUUGAUGCGGGCCAUGGACCUGAUCUACGGCCUGCUGCACCAGGAUGUUGUGGGCUGCACACUCAGCCUGCUGGUCCACACCCUGCCUCUCUAUAUCUCUGGCCCAUGCACAGUUGAGUUGAUCAGCAAGCCCCGCACUGAGGCACUCGCCCGCCUCACCGUCAGCAUGAUCAUCUCCGCCUGGUUGGCAGUGCAGCAGCAACCACCCGUCAAGAAUGAGCCUGGAGCCACAGUCAACAUGAGUCUAGGGAGAAGUGGAGGUGGUGGCUGCAAAAGGACGUACCAUGACCGGGAGCUGGAGGACCUUGAGUCUAACCUGCAGCUGCACUCAGCUGACUUGGCCAUUGCCCGAGGCACUCCGGGACUCACUAAGGAUGGGACAUCUUUGCUGGUGGCUGUCCAGUCCCUCCUAACCCUCAUGACACAGGUGAGUCGUGCCGGUGUGGUGAGCCCCGUGACACAGCUGGUGGUGAACAUCCUACACGAACUGAUUGCUGCCCCUUACAGCCACACCCUUCUCACCCUCACCCCCCCUGCACUGCUACCUAACCUGGUGCCUCUCCUCUCCCCACCUGAUGCCUUCACAUAUGUUGAACUCCUGGCUAUCACUGCCCCCAAGGUUCCCUCACAACCAGAAUUAGCCAGAGAGUUCCUUGGUGAUGCCAUUGGUGCUCAGACGCCAGCGCAGGCAGCGGGGGCAAGGCGAGCUGCUGCUAAGCUUUUGUGUGUUCAGCGUAAUUUGUCCUUGGCGAGUGAGUCUGCGCUGUACCCAAUCAUAAUUUGAGUGACUUGUGAAGGAGUGGCAGCGGCAUUAGCUGAUGGUGUCCAGUGGUGUGCAUAUGUACUCAGAAUACCAUAAAAGUGAAGGAAAUAUAAUAUAGCAGUAGUAGUAAUAUUUAUUUUACAUUUCGGUGAUAAAUGUAUAAAUACUAUUUCCUUUGUAAUCAUUUUGACACGAACGUAACAUCAGUAACUGACAUCCGUUGGCUGAGCGGACUACGUGCAAAAAUAUGAAACAGAGCAGCUGUUGUUUUCAUUGUGCAGCCAACGGCAUGGCAGCUACACAGCCCAUCAAGCAAUUAACAGAACAGCUUCAAGAGCAAAUGGAACACAACCAUCUUUUUGUGGAAAGAUAUUAAAUCUGCUUUUUAUGGCUGUGUGAAACUAUGUUACUGUAUAAACUUCUGUAUAAGUCAGUUAUUUUCAAACAAUUUUUAAAGACCAAGUUUAGGAGCUGAACUUGUACAUGGGUGUUAGAUUUAUUUUUUUACAGGGGCGAAAUUUAUUCCUCAGAUAAGUGUAUAAUAACUUCUACAUAAGACUGACUCAUACACAAGUUUAUACGGUAAACUCUUAUACAUUAAUAUGCAGCCACUGUGCUCUGUUGAAAAUUCAGGAAAGGAAACUUUUCUACUUGAGUGAGAUAAGAAAAGAGAAGAAUCAAGAUAUUACAUAUGUUGUACAUCUGUGGUAGCAUUGCCAACUGUGCUGCUUAAAAUGAGAUUUGCAAUUGUACAAUGUUGUUUAAAUAAAUAUGGAGUGUCUCACUGUACAAAUGAAGGCAAUCUAAGAUAAUG